GAGAGAGAGACAGCGAGAGAGAGAAAGAGAGAGAUCCAGGGGAAAAACUGGCUAAGACAAAGAACUAAGGACCCUUGAGGGACACAGGAGGGACUAUAUUCAGUUUUUACACCGGUUUAUGAUCGUCCUUGUGCGUGUGAAGCGGCCAGUCAUCAAAUCCCCGUUCCAGUGCUUCAUGGUCGGCCGGCUUGUGAUGGAAAGAACUGCAAAGCUAUAGGUUUGUUGACUGGAUGGAAAGAGUUGUUGACUCACGCAGAAGAUGGAGGAAGUGGAAACAGUUUGACUGACGACACCGCUGUGGUGUUGUUGGGCGAGUGAUCUUUCAUUUGGGAGCAUCUUUGUUCGCUGACACCUUGAGUUCCAUUUUUUUUUUUUUUACCCCCUCCUUGUUGACACUUUCUCCACAUCCACUCUUUUGAGAGAGCAGGGAUAUCCCAUAUCCAAGCAUCUGAGAGGUUGCCAUGAUGCAGAUGUAGCGUCCUGCAGUUGUGGAGGUAGUGGUGGAGCUGGAGGAGGUGGCGGCGGCGGCAGAGGUGGUGGUGGCGGUGGUGGUGAACGUCCAGGGAUGGGGAGCGCUCCGUAUCCAGCCAGCGAGUGGAAGGGGAAGGGGCGAGGCGGCCUGCAGGAGCUGGGCUGCAUGCGCUGGAAGGUCAGCAAGCAGAAAGGAAGUGGUGGAGGAGGAGGAGGGGAGGUGGUGGUGGGAGCGGACGAGAGGAGGUGCAGGGAUCCCACAGACUCUCAGCAGCAGCAGGAUCUCUCAUCCUCCUCUUCCUCCCUCAUCCCCCCUCUGCCUCCUCAACCAUCUCUGACACCUCCAGCCAUUUAUCACGAGAAGCAGCGGCGGGAGCUGUGCGCCCUGCACGCGCUCAACAACGUCUUCCAGGACGGGACGGCCUUCAGUAGGGACACCUUGCAGGAGAUAUACCAGAGGCUUUCUCCCAGCACUCUGGUGACGCCUCACAAGAAGAGCAUGCUGGGAAAUGGGAACUAUGAUGUAAACGUCAUUAUGGCAGCGCUGCAGACCCGAGGGUUUGAGGCAGUUUGGUGGGAUAAAAGAAGGGAUGUCGGCAGCAUCGAGCUGUCCAAUGUGACGGGCUUCAUUCUGAACGUGCCAUCCAACCUGCGCUGGGGGCCUCUGCGGCUGCCGCUUAAACGACAGCACUGGAUUGGAGUCAGAGAGGUGGGCGGGGUCUACUACAAUCUGGACUCUAAGCUGCGCAGCCCGCAACCCAUCGGCAACGUGGAUGAACUCAGGAAGUUUCUCCGCCAGCAGCUACGAGGGAAGAACUGUGAACUCUUGUUGGUCGUCUCAGAGGAAGUAGAAGCGCACCAAACAUGGCGGUCUGACAGCUAAUGGUGAAACCAGCCGAUCGCAGCUUCGACCAGGCCAACGGGCCAAUCACAGGAGGAACGGGAGAGGAAGUAAAGUCGUGCACAGCCAAUCAAAUGGAUGCACACCUGCAGAUGUAUUUUCCCCCCUUUACUGGGUUUUGUUUACACAGCCAUUGCUGGACUCUUUACGUGAGAGGACGCAGAGCAAUGAAGGAAGCAAACACUUAACAGGGAGAAUCACAGUCCUUUACUCACAACACAGUUAUGAAAAGUUAUUAUUCUGUUUCUGCUAUUCUUGUUUUUAUAUAUAUUGACUAUUUUUCAAUGUCAGUUUUGAUCCGUUUUCUUUUUACUGUUCGAGUUUCCAAAGUCGCGGAGUUCAGGCUUUACGAAAACGCUGUGUUUAUCUGCUGCCUCCCUCGUCCCUGCUUUCAGUCAUGAUGUUCACUGAUGUGUCUCUGUGUUUUUCGUGAAUGUCUCGCUCUGUCUGUAUCCUCCGUCUUUCACUUUCACCAAAGCGUGCCCUUUCUGGCCUCAGUCUGACUCCAUCUCACUCCUCCUCUUGGCCCGUUUUUCAUACAUCACAGGUCAAAAAAAUUGAUUUAUCACGUUGCCAACUUUGUAUUUCAUCCCAAACACCUCUGGCGCAGUCUGACCUUGGACUGCACCAAGGCUGUGCCGACACAACCGUUUUAUAUGCAACAGAGCAAUGCAACAGCCAGGCCAAGCACUCCCUCUAGUGGAGGUUUGCCUCCAUUUCUGUAACAGCAUCAUUCAGCCCGUUUUCUUUAAUUGUUCAAAUGGUUACUUUCAAGUGAUGGAGUGCUUGUCAUCAAGUGAAUAAUGCAAUAUUAACAGUUGUCAUCUCUCAACACAACUAUACUGUAUCGUGAUGUAAUAUUUAACAAACUAGGAUGAUAAGAAAACUUGUUGUCUAAAUUAUUUAUGAGAUCAAAUUUUAAAAUGUUACAGAAAUUGGCCAUACACGACAGUUAAUUUUUUUGACUUUGGAAAAAGCAAUCCGCCAAAACAAGAAGUUCAACUAUACAGCUUGUUCUGGAGCUUUUCACCACAUCAUAACAAAUAUGCCAAGAACUCUAAUUUAUCAUAGAAAACUGAAUAUCUAUCUGUUAGACAGACAAAACAAGCUGAAUAGCAUUGUAUGUUAAGCUCAAAAGCUCCAGAACAAGCGAAUAAGAGAUCUUUGAGUUUAGAUUGAAUUUAUUGUUAAAAAUCAUCAAAUCAAUAUAAAGAAAUAUUGUCGUAUUAGUCCAUGGCACUCAAUUUCUUUUAGUUACACUAACGUUUUAGCUUAAAAAAAAAAAGAAUGUCUGGACUGCCUUAAAUUUUUAAGUUGACUGAAUUUGAAAAGACAAGUUGAAGUAUUACAGAAUUACCUCAAAACUUUUCUUCUCAAAUUCAGUAAACUUAUUUUUUCUAGGCAACUGUCACACUAGCUUCUAAGUUCAAACACCCAGUUUUAAUUAGUUCAGUUAGAGCCACAACCAUUUCUUGCACAGUGGUUAAAAGAUGCCACAAGGGACAAUGCUUAUUCACUGUUUUGUUUCAUUUUCCUUUGGCGCCGCAGUGGUCGCCACCACCACAGCAGCCCUCUGUAGCACACUAGCUGAUGCAGGCCUCGUCCUCCUCCAUAACAGAUUAUGUCAAACCUGCCAAACACAGCUCAGAGAGGACGUCACAGAUCGUCCCAUCAGGUCAUAUACAAUCAGCAGGGGUCUCUAAUGUGUGAUAGCUCAGUCUGAGGAGAGGUUAGGUGGUUGGUUGCGCAAAAGGAAGUUUGAGAAAGAGUGGAGGCGGAGCACAGUGUGCCUGAGUAGAGAGCAAUGUAGAAAAUGUAGGAAGAAAAGUGAAAGUUGAUUUAGCGACAAAUGUCCGGUCAGAGGUGUUGUGGUCGACUAUUGUGACAUGAGCCUUACGAGAGAUUUUGUAGCUUUCAAAUCAGCUUAAGAGAAACUGUUAAUACUACACAUAUUGUCUCUUAAUGACAAUAUUGGCCUUAACUUGUUUACAUUUAAAAAAAAAAAAAAUCUAUUUGUUGCGCUGAAAGAUUACGAGGGGCUGUGCAGUUUGAUGCCAUUUCAGGAGAUUUAUUCCAAAGCGCCGAUUUAUCGUAAAAAUAGAGGAGAAGCUCAUCAGAUGUUAUGUUUUCACUUUUGCAGCCAAGGGCUUUACGUUAUUUUCAAGUGUUUGAUUUUAUAAAGAUCGUGUUUUUUUUUUCAUUGGUGCAUGUCUUAUUUUUUUGGAAUGACACUCUUUGAUUCCAGCCCAAAGUGAUAUUAUAUCUAAGUAAACCUGCAUCGAAACUU